AAAAGCCCAAUAGUCGGUAGAAACUAGACUACCCAUGCCAGCAGACGUGUGCAACGAACGCACCGUAGCACCCCUUGGAGCGCCAGUAGACUCAACCACCUCCCACAACAAAUCCCAAUCCUGCCAUGACGACAGCCUACUCAACCUCCGCUCUACCUCCACAUGGCUACUCCACGCUCUCCACACGCCACAACGUCGCACCUACAUACGCACAUCCCACGCUUUCCAACGCCCGUCCAACGUCCCUCCGCCUUCCCCAAGUCCAACAGAAACCCUUCUUACCUCACCCGCCUGAGCCCCGUCAAACACGCACAGCCAGGUAUUGUAUUUCCCCAAGCGUAUGUAUUGAAAGAAAUACAAACGCCAAGACGGUGCUCGCAGUGGUGGGUGUGGGCGAGUGCGACUGGCGCGCCACGAAACGAGCUGAAACCCCCCCUGCCUCUGCGACGAAACGAGUGCACACAGGGCGGGGUAGGGCGUCGCAAGCGCAGUCCGUACAGGACUGGCGCGGUGAGGGGUGUUUUGUUGUUGGUGAUGGUGUUGUUGUUCGGCGCAGUGGUGAACUUGCUUGCCACGCAGACAUGCAGGAGGGCAGUGUUGAACACGAAGAAGUUGCGAUUCUCUAACCAAUUCACUGCCCCCGCCUAGCUUCAACCGAAGACUGGACGAGGCGUGUAAAGUAUGCCUGCUCCGCAAGAGCCAAAGUGCGCCGAAAACAUCGCUCCCGACGCUCAACUAAAACUCCGCAGUGUAUCGGCUCUUCAUACAGAAAAGUGAAAGACGACAAGAGUGAAAGUAGGAAACAAGAAAACACCAACACGCGAUUGACGUGAAUCAUCCCAGCCGUGUGCCUUGCCACCUUGAGAA